ACUCGAGUAGAGAUACUUUAUAAUGAAACUACUCGAGUAAAAAGUACAGCAUAGUAAAAAUACUCCUAAAAGGAAACGUAACUAACUAGUUACUACCCAACUAUGAUCACAAGCUGAAUUUUGAUGGAUGCUUGAUUCCCAUUCGUCUGAUUGUCAUGGCACCAGAAAGGGGGAGUAUAAAGGAAGUUUUAGUGAUGCAUCAAGUCUUUUGUCCUCCUCCGCUCUGCAGGCGGAGCUGCAGGAAGUUGGAGCCGCAGGAUGCGGGGAUGUGGGUGGAGGCUGGAGGUUUAUGGUUAUCCUGUAGUGAUGACUUGCUGACAUCUGGAGCAGAACAGAGAGAUGUAGCGGAGGUAUUAUGAGCUGGGAAAUCCCCACCCACCCACCGCAGGCGAGUGAUUCCACAAAUGAGGGCAGCGCUGUCCUGUGAUGGAGACGGGGAACAUGUGGAGGGGUUUGUGGAAGCAUUUCAGGAAAAUUACUGAGGAGGAGAUGAAAUAACCAGAAUUUUAUUUUUCUAUUUUUGUGCCUUUGUUGCGUCAAACAAUGGAUUUAACUGAUUCUCUUAAGCAUUAGGAGUCAUUUUAAAUACUUAAUAAAUGAUGUUUUUUAACAUGAUCUUUGGACUUUUACCUUUGGAUGUUUUUAAAAAGGCUCUGACCUAAACGGUUUGGUGCCAUGCCGUACCAUGAUGAAGAAUACCCGGGUCAGCCCCUGUGGCAGUCUGUGCUGCUUUUCUGCUGCAAGGGCAUGAUCGAAGGGAUCAUGGUGGUCCUCUUCUUCUGGCUUCUGGUGCAAGUCCUCUUCACCCAACACCUGGAAGUUCAUCUUCAGGUUCUUCUUCUGGUUGGACUGGUCGUGUUUUGUCUGUCUCUGCUGCUGGGAUGUUUUCUGUGCUGGAAAAAAAGUGACAUCUGUACAACAAUCCCCAAGUCAUUUACCUCAACUCAGACAUCUGCAGAAACUGACACCUCAGCUCUGGAAAUGCAUCUCCAAAGAGAAGUUUCUGGGCCCCGGCUGGUGUUGGACGGAGAAACGCCGGAAUAUCCGUCCACGUUCACCAGCCCGGCUCUUUCCGAGAGUGAACGUUCUCCUCGUGUAUUUGCUGAUCGAACCCAACCCGACAGCGAUGAAGAUGAGCAGACUGCGUCUCGCUUUUCUCUGCGUCGCCUCAGCUCACCGCUGCAAACAGCUCCGCUUUACAAACCCAUCCACCCGAGCCGAGCUUCCCUGCCGUCGCUGCCCAAACUGGGGACGCUCAGCAGAACAUGCAAGGCCAUGCAGAGGCGCUGCACGGUGGCUGGAGAUUACACAGCGUCCAGUGAACGCAGCAAACUAAUCAGGACCAGUAAUCACUCGCAUUCAAUCCCCCUGGCUGCGCUGAGCUACGGAUCCUGCAACAAUUCCAUUUCACUGCGGCCUUUGCUCCAGACCAGCAGACUCUGA